ACUCCCACUGCCUCUUGACUUUCCCACAGGAGCUCCUCCACACUCUGGAUGGGCUGUCAGUGCUCCGACAUGUCGCUCCUCAUCCAUUUUUGGACAACUUUAGCAGUUCUGUGCCGUCCCGUCUGGACGCUGGUGCCCGAGAUGGCCGACGUGUGCACGGAGGGGAGUUGCUACCCGGCCACGGGGGACCUGCUGAUCGGCCGGGCCCACAAGCUCAGCGUCUCGUCCACCUGUGGGCUGGAGGAGCCCGAGAACUACUGCAUUGUGGGACACCUGGAGGAGGAGACCAAGUGCUUCCAGUGCGACUCCAGGGACAUCUACGACGUGGACCUCAGCCCCCUCAGCCACACCAUCGAGAACGUGGUCACCACCUUCGCCCCCAACCGCCUCAAGACCUGGUGGCAGUCUGACAACGGUGUGGAGAAUGUGACCAUCCAGCUGGACUUGGAGGCCGAGUUCCACUUCACACACCUCAUCAUGACCUUUAAGACCUUCCGUCCCGCCGCCAUGGUGAUCGAGCGCUCCAUGGACUCCGGGAAGACGUGGCACGCUUACCGAUACUUCGCCUACGACUGCCGAGCCACCUUCCCCGGCGUGUCCCCGGGGCCCAUGGUCAAAGUGGAUGACAUCAUCUGCGACUCGCACUACUCGGACAUCGAACCUUCCACCGAGGGAGAGGUGAUCUUCCGGGUGCUGGACCCUGCCUUUGAGAUCAAGGACCCCUACAGCUUGAGGAUCCAAAACAUGCUGAAGAUCACCAACCUGCGCGUCAACUUCCUGAAACUCCACACACUCGGCGACAACCUUCUGGACUCGCGCAAGGAGGUGACGGAGAAGUACUACUACGCGCUCUACGACAUGGUCGUCCGCGGCAACUGCUUCUGCUACGGCCACGCCUCCGAGUGUGCCCCGGUGAACGGAGCGCCGGCGGGGGCGGAAGGAAUGGUCCACGGACGCUGCGUGUGCAACCACAACACGGAGGGUCUGAACUGCGAGCGCUGUCAGGACUUUUAUCACGACCACCCCUGGAAGCCCGCUGAGGGCCGCAACACGCACGCUUGCAAGAGGUGCGAGUGUAACCAGCACUCCGCUUCCUGCCACUUUGACAUGGCCGUCUACGUGACCACGGGCAACGUGAGCGGGGGGGUGUGCGACGACUGUCGGCACAACACGGUGGGGCGCCAGUGCGAGCAGUGCGCGCCCUUCUUUUACCAGCACCCCAACCGAGACUUGAGGGACCCCCACGUCUGCCAGCCGUGCAGCUGUGACCCGGUCGGCUCCCUGCAGGGGGGGCUUUGCGACUCCAGGACCGAUGUGGCCUCUGGUCUCAUCUCAGGCCAGUGUCGCUGCAAAGCCUACGUGGAAGGAGAGCGCUGUGACCACUGUAGACAUGGACACUACGGGCUGGGACAGGGACCAGAAGGAUGUUUGGCUUGCAGCUGCAGCCCGCUGGGAACGUUGCCAGGAAGCGACUCCUGCGAUCCCGAGUCAGGAAGGUGCUUCUGCAAGCGGCUGGUUGGCGGACAUAACUGCGAUGAGUGUCUGCCGCAGCACUGGGGUCUGUCCAACGACAUGGACGGAUGCCGAGCAUGUGACUGCGACCUGGGCGGUGCACUCAACAACAGCUGCGACCCGCGGUCCGGGCAGUGCGUGUGCAGGGAGCACGUGUUCGGACGGCGCUGUGACCAGCUGGAGUCCGGCUUUUACUUCAUUGCCCUGGACCACUACACGUACGAGGCCGAAGACGCUGAGCACGGACCUGGCGUGAAGGCGGUCCAAAGACCUUACCCUUUGGAUCGCAGCCCCACGUGGACUGGGAUGGGUUUUGCCAGCGUACCAGAAAGAGCCUUCCUAAAGUUCUUCAUCAACAACAUCCCAGAGUCCAUGGACUAUGAUGUCCUAAUCCGCUACGAGCCACAGCUUCCAGAACAGUGGGAGCAGGUCAACGUCCGAGUGGAGCAACCCGUCUUCAACCCUCCGGACUAUUCCGGUCACUGUGGCGGUUACAUCGGUGACGGCGAGGAGCAGUACGUCUCUCUGCCACCUGGCUCCAGACAUGUGCUGCUGCCCCACCCCGCGUGCUUGGAGAAGGGACAUAACUACACGGUGCACCUCAGCCUGCCGCUUUACUCCACCUACAGCGAUGUGCAGAGCCCGUACACGCUCAUCGACUCGCUGGUGUUGAUGCCCCGGGUCAGGGAUCUGGCCAUAUUCCAUGGGACAAACGGUGACAAAGCGUGGGAUACGUUCCAGCGUUACCGCUGCCUGGAGACGAGCCAGAGUGUGGUGAAGAGUCCCAUGACGGACAUCUGCAAUGAGUACAUCUUCAGCGUCUCCGCACUGCUGCACAGAGGAGCCAUGCCGUGCCAGUGUGAUCUACAAGGUUCCGUCAGCGGCGUGUGCGAGCCCAGCGGAGGCCAGUGUCGUUGUCGGCCCAAUGUGGUCGGCAGGAACUGCGACCACUGCGCCCCUGCAACCUUCCUGUUCAGCCCCGCCGGAUGCAGGCUGUGUGACUGCGACCCCCGAGGAUCGGUGAGCACCCCCUGCCAUGAAGAGACGGGGCAGUGCGAUUGCGUGCCCGGGGCGACGGGACGCCAGUGUUCCCAUUGCCUGCCGGGAUUUUGGGGGUUCCCUUUCUGCCGACCGUGCCAGUGUAACGGCCACAGCGAGGUCUGCCAUCCUGAGACUGGCGAGUGCCAAGGCUGCAGGGACUUGACCACCGGACACUACUGUGAGAGGUGUUUGGAUGGUUACCACGGUGAUCCCGAGUUGGGAUCAGGGGGACACUGCCGCCCCUGUUUGUGCCCCGACGGCCCGCGUAGUGGACGACAGUUUGCAGACAGCUGCUACAUGGCGGACAGUAGCAACCAGCUGGUGUGUGUGUGCAGCCCCGGCUACAAAGGUGCCAGGUGUGACGAGUGCGCCCCAGGUCACUUCGGCAACCCACUGUUGCCCGGCGGACGCUGCCAGGCGUGCCAGUGCAACGGCAACAUCGACAUGCACAACCCCGGCUCCUGCGACUCUCAGACAGGCGCGUGCCUCAAGUGCCUGUACCACACCGACGGCUACGCCUGCCAGCACUGCAAACUGGGUUACUACGGCAACGCUGCCACUCAGAGCUGCAGAAAGUGCAUGUGCCACCCGGAGGGCACGGCACUACACACCUGUUCCACGCCGGACGAGUGCGAGUGCGACCAGCGCAGCGGGCAGUGCCCCUGCCUGCCCAACGUGGUGGGUCAAAACUGCCAACGCUGCGCCGAAGACACGUGGAACAUGGCGAGCGGGGAGGGCUGCCAUCGCUGUGACUGUGACGCCGUCCACGCUUACAGCUCCUCUUGUGACGAGGUCACGGGGCGCUGCUCGUGUAAACCUGGUUUUGGUGGCAGGACGUGUCGGGAAUGCAGGGAGCUCUUCUGGGGGGAUCCAGAGGUCAAAUGUCACGCUUGUGACUGCGACCCUCGGGGUAUCUCCAGCGGGCAGUGCAACCGUGCGAGCGGACACUGCACCUGCGUGGAGGGUGUGUCGGGCCCACGCUGUGACGAAUGCGCCAGGGGCUACCAGGGUGUGUUCCCCGACUGCCAGCCUUGCCACGAGUGCUUUGCUACGUGGGACAGGGUGGUCGGAGAGCUGACCAAUCAAACGCGGCGUCUGGAGGCGAAAGUCACGGAGCUGCAGACCAACGGUGUGACGGCGCCCUAUAAAGACUUAGUCAGCAGCCUGGAGACCAACGCCAAGGCGGUCAGAGAGAUCGUGGAGAGCAACCCCGCAGCUGUCAAGCUGGGGAAGAUCCAGGACCUGAUGCACCAGAUCACUGGCCUCAUGUCCUACCUGAGCGGGAAACUCAACACAACAGAGGAGACCUUGAAUGAUCUCGAGAACGAGGCCAACAUCACAGACGCAAACGUGGACGAGGUGACGGAGGAGGUGAAGCAGCUGGAUCGGCAAGUGCAGGAGCUGAGGCAGCAGGUGUAUGACGCCAAGAACGCCAACUUGCAGGGUGCCAUGGACACCAUCAUAGAGUCAAACGAGGAGUCCGUAUUGGCGGAACUCCGGGUCAACGCCUCCAGCAGUGAUGCCGACAACACGGUGGAGAAAUCGGCCGCGCUUCGCAAGGUGACGGAGGACAAGCUGAGCGGCAGCCAGAAAGAGUUUGACCGCCGGCACCAGAGAAACUCACAGAAGAUUGAGAAGCUCAAGACCGAGUUGGAGACAUUUGCCCUGUCACCUCUCAGCCAGAAUACGUGUGGAGGUACAGCGGAAGGUGACGAGUGCCCCGGCUCUCCGUGCGGCGGCUUGGGCUGCCUGGAUGAGGGCGGAGCAUCCCGGUGUGGCGGAGAAGGAUGCGAGGGCCUCGUCGUGGCCUCGCAAACUGCUCUCAAGUCAGCCAAGGACCUGGACGAGGAAAUCCUGACCGCCAUGCAGGAAGUGGACAAGCUCUCCAGGAUGGUGUGGGAGGCCAGUAAUCGAGCGAGGGAGGCCAAAGCAAACGCUCAGGAGGUGCUGAUCAAAUCCAACCAGAGCAAAGCGAGAGUGGAGCAGAGCAACGAUCAACUGCGCAGCCUCAUUAAGGACAUCCGAAACCUGCUCACUAACGACAGGGCCAACGUGUCAGUGAUUGAGGCGGUGGCCAAUGAGGUGUUAGCCCUGGAGAUGCCGACGUCGACGGAGAAGCUGCAGGAGCUAACGAGGGAAAUCAAGGAGAAGGUGGCCGCUCUAACCAGCGUGGAGUCGAUCCUCAGCGAGAGCGCCGCAGACAUCCACAUUGCGGAAAACCUGCUGAGGCAGGCUGAGGUUGCCAGUAAGAAGGCGUCCGACCUGAAGGAGGCUUCGGACAUGGUCAACUCGGCCCUGAAUGAGACGGAGCAUGCUCAGAGCGCCGCCAUGGACGCCAUCCAGCUUGCUCAGAAUAACACAAAUGGAACUUUGGACCUGCUGCUUUCCGUGAGGUCUGAGACGGCGGCGUCGGAACAAAGGCUCGGCGACACGAACAACCGACUACUCAAGCUGGAGCUGGAAGUGGGCCUGCUGCGACAGAACGAGCUGGAGGUCAACAGCAUGGCGGAGACGGCCGACUGGGUCAGCGAGCGGGCCAAGACCAACGCAGAGGAGGCUGAGCAGGAGUUUGCGACAGAGGUAAAAGACAAACUAGAAGAGGUGGAGGACCUGAUGGAGGACAAAGGGGAGUCCGUGCUACAAGCGAGGAAACGAGCAGAUGAGCUUCAGCAAGAAGCCAAAGAGCUCCUGGCUCAGAGCAGCAGUAAACUGCAGAGACUACGAGAACUGGAGAGUUCUUACGACAACAACCAGAGCGUCCUGGAGGCCAAAGCUGCCGAGCUGGCCGAGCUGGAGGAGACGGCCCGCCGCAUCAUGGAGGAGAUCAGCUCCAAGGUGACGCUGUACAGCACCUGCUUGUGAGGCGCCAACACCCGCCAGGCAGCCUUGGCCGCCAUCAAGACUUCCACACUGUCAAUCAAGUUCACUGCUUGGAAUCAUGGGCGUUGUGAAGGAAACCAAACAGACCUCGCUGACAGAAAGCCAAAGUGUCAGUUUUUCCUAAAUACGACUGAAUAGAGAAAAAUGUGCAGUAUAAAUACAUUAAACUACUAUUAACUGUACACAUGAAUAUUGUGUUUCAUGUAGAGAUGGCCGAUAAUAUCGGACUACCGAUAUUAUCAAUAAAUGCUUUAACAUGUAAAAUCUGAAAUUAUCGGUAUCGGUUUCAAAAUUAUCGGUAUCGGUUUCAAAAAGUCAAAUGGAUGACUUUUUAAAACGCCGCUGUGUACACGGACGUAGGGAGAAGUACAGAGCGCCAAUAAACCUUAAAGGCACUGCCUUUGCGUGCCGGCCCAGUCACAUAAUAUCUACGGUUUUUCACACACACAAGUGAAUGCAUGCAUACUUGGUCAACAGCCAUACAGGUCACACUGAGGGUGGCCGUAUAAACAACUUUAACACUGUUACAAAUAUGCGCCACACUGUGAACCCACACCAAACAAGAAUGACAAACACAUUUCGGGAGAACAUCCGCACCGUAACGCAACAUAAAACACAACAGAACAAAUACCCAGAACCCCUUGCAGCACUAACUCUUCCGGGACGCUACAAUAUACACCCCACCACUCCCCCAACCCUGCCCACCUCAACCUCCUCAUGCUCUCUCAGGGAGAGAAUGUCCCAAAUUCCAAGCUGCUGUUUUGAGGCCUGUUAAAAAAAAUAAUGCACUUUGUGACUUCAAUAAUAAUUAAAGCUGCAAGCAGCAUUGGUCGGGCCCGCGUAUUUGGCAGGUGCUAGUCCUAAGUGUCCCAAUAAUUUUGUGAAGUUUUAAUCCUAAGCGUCACAAUACUUUUGUCCAGUUUUAGUCCUAAGUGUCCCAAAACUUUUGUCCAGUUUUAGUCCU